UUUCAUAUUGCUUUCUGGAUCUUUUCAUUAGAUAGGAUAGUUUGCAAAUUAAGUGUCACUAUCAUUAUUAUGUUAUCAAAUGGUUACUUUUUCAAGCUUAAGUAUUAUAGAAGGAUAUAGGUAUAAGAGAUGGAAAUUUGGUGAUUAAAAGGAUACUAAAACAAACAUUGUAAACUAUAUUUUUACAAUUGGAUUUUCUAAUGCUGGUUCUCCUUUUAUUAGAAAUGGAAAUAUCAAGAAAGAGCAAACGGAGGGCAAUGGAAGAUAAAUUUUUUAACUUGCCAACGGAUGUUUUAAACUGCAUCCUAGAUCACUUGCCUGUUCGAGAUGCAGCAAGAACAAGUAUUCUGUCUAGAAAAUGGAGAUACAUAUGGGCUAAUCACCCAAAUCUUGUACUUGAACCCAAAAAUAUGUUUGGAGAUCCGGCAAACAUUAGCAGCGAUGAUUUUAUUCGCAUAGUCGAUGGAAUUCUCUUACAGCACAUUGGACCCAUUCUAACUUUUAAAGUUAAUCUUUUAGAUGUGGACAUUACUCAGGAACCAUAUGUUGAUAGGUGGAUUCUUUACUUGUCAAGAAAUGGAUUGAGGAAACUAACUUUGGAUAAUUUCAGUCUUGACCUCUAUGACCUUUAUCCACUCCCCUCUUAUGUACUCUUGUGUCGAGAACUUACACAUCUGCAUCUGUCUAACUGCAUCUUCAAACGACCCUGUGGUACUACUGGAAGCUUUCGUAGUCUUAAGAAUCUUUCUUUGAAACAAGUUGCCUUCUCCCUUGAGGUUUCUGCUUCUAUUUUUACUGCCUCAAAGCUAGAGUAUUUGAAGUUAACUAAGUGCAGUGGUAUAGAGCACUUGAACUUUGAUGGCUGUGUAGAAUCGCUUCUCCACUUGGUACUUGAGAUGAAUCAUGAGGUUAAACUAAGUUGUUUUAUGAACUGCAAAAGUAUCAAAAGUGCAUAUUUGGCAAUGGAAGUUGAAUCUUUUGACCCUAAUGAGAGGAUCAAUUUAACAAGUCUUUUUGAGCACUGGUCUCAAAUUUCAAAGCUAACUAUGGAUGGACGCCAUCUCAAGUUUUUGGCUGCAGCCUAUGUUACGAGUGCACUUCCAGUUAAAGUUAACAACUUGAGGGAUCUUAUAUUGUUUGGAAUUAACUUCACCGAUCUGGAUCAAAUCUCUUGCAUUCUUUGCUUGCUUCAUAGCUCUCCUAGGUUGAAUAACCUUGCAAUUUGGGUGAAGGUCUCAGAGACUGCUGACAAGAACCCUGCUUUACAGUAUUUGCAAGAACAUAUCUGUAUAAGCAAACAUAUUAACAGUUUGCAGACCUUGAUGAUCAAAUAUUUCGAGGGGUCAAGAGCUCAAAUGCUCUUCGUAAAGCUCAUACUUGCAUGCUGCCCGUCGUUAGAAAGGAUCAGUUUUGUAGAUAAUAGAGUAAAGGCAUGGAACCUGUCAAAUAUUUUGAAAAAGUUGUUGCUAUUCCCUAGAGUGUCGAAAGCACAAAUCGUGUUCUGAAGUUGUGACUAAAAUCCAGUUAAAGUUUUUGGUUUCUCAAUUUGAAAUCUAGUGUCAAUGAGCAGAAGAAACAUGUUAUUUAUAGGUCCAGGUAUUUUUAUUUACAGAGUAGGAUCAAGUUUGUGUCUUGCAUUGUCUGAGCAAGUUGCUAGCAACUUAGCUAGCUAUCAGAGC